UUUUCUAACAUAAAAACUAAUUAUAUUAUCUAAAUAUCAUGUAAUAAGUUAAAUACAUAUGUAUGUGUGUAUUACAAAAGUGUAUGAAAAUGUGUCAUGUGUGUUUUAUGCUCGAGUCCUUGUUUAUUAAUAAUAGUCCAGUAAAAUUGGAGAAAAUUAAUAUUAUAUUAUGAAAUUUUUUAUUAAAUAAUAACAAUAAAAAUCUUAGUUUUAACAUACACAAUUAUAAAGCUAUAGGUUCAGAUAUUUGAGAUUAAAGUUCACUAAAAUCAUAACAGUUUUUAAUACUAGACUUGCAUAAUUUGUUUUUAACUAUUUAAAAUAACUUUUCAUAUUCCCAAUUUAACUGGACUAAUAGUUGUGUAUUUUCACAAGGACUCCUAACAUUAUGUAAAUUUUAAUUGCACUUCCAUAUCAACUCCUAUUAAUGUGUCUGUGCGUGUGUGUAUUUUUUUUCACAUAACUUCCUACAUGUGUGCGAAAUUGUGUUUUUUCUGUAACUCCCUUGUUGUCGUUAUCCAAAAAGGCGAGGGCUCAACAUACAUGUUUUAAUAAUAAUAUAAAUAUUUUAAAUGUUUUAUAAAUUUAACAACUAAAUGUGGGAAAACUUGAAAUAGUGACAAACUAAAAUUAUGUUACUAAAAAAUAUAACUAACUAAAUACAAAUUUAAUACCUGCCUAAUAAAACAAAAACUAUUUCCAAUAUAAACAUCAAGGCGAAAUCCCAACAACAUGAGUUUUGAACAACAUCAUCAUCAACACCAACAGCAGCAGCACCAGCAUCAACAUCAUCACCAUUAUCAUCAUCAGCAGUAUUUUAGUUUGCCAAUGCCAAGUCAGCAGAAUUUUUGGUAUAUUAUACAUCUAAUAUUGUUUUUAAUAGAUAUAACCAAUUCUCUAACUAUGACAGAGGUAAAGAUACCCAAUCAUAUAAUGCGCUUUAAAAGUGCCAUUUUAGGUUGUCGUUACAGUCUCGAUGGAGAAUCUUUGUAUUCAGUGAAAUGGUAUAAAGAUGGUCAUGAAUUUUAUCGUUAUGUACCACGAAAUAAACCACCGGGACAGGCAUUUCCUUUGCCGGGCAUCAAUGUUGACCUACGCAAUUCAUCCGAUACACAAGUGGCUCUCAGACGUGUCACACUGCAGUCAACGGGCGUUUAUAAAUGUGAAGUAUCUGGUGAAGCACCCGCAUUUAAUACAGUUUCUGAAUCAGAAACUAUGACUGUCGUAAUGACUCCCUCACGAGGCCCUCGUAUAACCGGUGGACAACAGCGUUACCAAAUUGGAGAUUAUGUACGUGUCAACUGUUCUUCCUAUCCCUCCAAACCGGUGUGUCAUUUAAGUUGGAGCAUAAAUGGUGAACCGGCCAAUAGAUCUUAUUUAAAGUAUUACGAUAAUGUUGUCUAUGGCAGAGAGGGUCUAGAGGUGGCGAUAUUGGGCUUAGAUUUUAGAGUAAGAAGUAAUCAUUUUAGAAAUGGUGAUAUGAAAUUAAAGUGUGUGGCCAAGAUAUCCUCGCUUUACUUUCAGAGUAGAGAAGAAAGUGUAGAAUCUGAUCGUCCACAAAAAGCACCCGUAUUGGAAUCUAGAGAAACAGUAGCAGCCAAAUCAAGAGCACAUGGUACAUCCAAUUAUGGAAGUAUACAUCAUUAUAAUGGUAUAUCUGCUAGUUAUCUACUAACUUUAUUAGGCUGUCUAUGCCUUUCAACACUUGCAACAGCUACAACAUCUUCAAGCAUAAAAACCUCUGCAUGCAAAACAAAAUUACGCCAAACUACAGCUGCUUUAUCUAAAACUAAUAGCAGCAGCAACAGCGUUAGUAAUAGCAAUAGUUUUAGUCUUUUUAAGUUACUAAUACAUCAUUUAGUAUUUAGAUAACUGGGUUAAUUUCCACAAAAAAUGAAAUGAAAAUCACUGUAUUUGUAAGAAAUGUAAUGUAAAAUUGUAUGAAAUAUUUAAGUAUGUGGUAUGUGUGUAAGGAUAAAGAAAUAUAAUUUUAAAUUCUUUAAAUACAACUCUGUCUUUAAGUGAAAAACAAAAUUUUGAAAUUUAAACAAGAAAUAAAUGAUAUAGAAUUAAAGCAAAGUACUCGUAUGAAUGUGAACUCUUAAAGAUGAAACUUUUUAAAAGUUAAAUUUUUAUAUAAAAACAUAAUUAAACUAAAAAAAACUACUAAACAUCAUUUUCAUCACCUCUAGUUAUCGUUUAACCGCUUGUUAUUGUUCCAGUUAAGACUGGAUAUUUUAAAGUUAAGAAAUAACUAGACAUUGUGAAAAUGGGGAGAAAUUUAGAAAAAUAAACAACAUAUAAUAAGAGAAUUCUUACAAAUUACAAGAAAAAAUUUUGAAAUUUAUCGAUAACAAGAACAUUUUUCCGAUGUUUACAGAGUUUAAUCAGUGUUUUUUUAAGAAUAAUUUAAUAAUAUAUGCAAUACACUAAAAUAAUCCAUGCUUAAAAACUUUGUAAUUACUUUUUUCGUAAUAUAUAUGAAAAUUUCCUAUAUAAUAUGAAAUAUUAUUUAAUCAAACCCUUUUCUAAUUUAACGAAAGUACAAAAGAAAAACUAUUCUAAUAAAUUUGUUUUUAAAUUUGUUAAAAAGUUUUAUUGUCCAAUUCACAAUCGAUGUAGUAUCGUUGUAGAGUUGUAUGUCAUAAAAAUUUUUCAAAUAAAAUUUUUUUAAAAUAAAAUAAAUGAAUUAUAAAACAAAUACUAAAGUAUAGUCGAGCAUGGCCGACCAUGUAAUACCCUACACCAUGAGUAUAUUUUUAAAAUUUUUAUUUUUCAUAAAGAAACUUUUAUGUUGAAUUUUACCUUAAUUCAAAAGUAUUUAAGCAAUUUAUUGAUA